GCUGGAUACUUCACACGUCCCAACUACACGCCUCGCGUCCAAUUGUCCUCCCGAGCAUUAGAUAUGCACUGAAAGCAGGAAUCAAAACAAAUCAAUCAGCACGUCGCAUCCUCCCAACCCACCACACUCAACCAUGGCGGAAAGCAAAAUCUCCCCCUACUCCCUGAACGACCUCAAAAACACCACCGACGAUGCAAUGGGAAACUACCUCCGCGGCCUCAAAUUCAAGCAAGACAACUCCAAGCUCGACUUCCGGCUCGCGGUCGGCUACACCUCCGUGAUCAUCGCGGGCGCGCUGUUCGCAGCGGAUUACAAACUGGGCUGGGAAGCGACCAAGGGCUGGACGGCGUACGCUGUUGCGGCGUACGCGUUGCUCAAUGCUACUUUCACGUACUGGAUGUGGGGGGUGGAGAAGGGGCUUGUUUUUGAGGGGACCAAAAAUGGGAAGAAGGUGACGCUUGCGUCGAAGACGAAGAAACACGAUCCCACAUACUACCUCACAGUCACGACCCGCGCGUCGUCGAGCUCAGCGAACUCCUCGACACGGCAAUUGAAGGCUCCUUUCACUACUUGGUUCACGGCGGAUGGAUACUUUGUUGCGCAGCCUUUUCAGAAGUGGCUGGCGGGGAGCGUGAAUGCCAUCGGAGAGGAGGAUGUCAAGAAUGCGUCUGUGGAUGAGAAGGUGUUGGCACCGAGCCCAAAUGGCGCGGCAAUGGCUACCAGUGUGGACACUCCAACGUCCAGCAGUAAGAGGAACAAGAAGAAGGGGUGAUGUCGGCGACAAUGUCUUGUAGCUUGAACGUCCUUUUUGAUCUCAGUCUCCACGCUUCUCCACAUCCGCGUCAAUAUACGUCCUCGAUAAUUAUUGUGGGUGAGCCAUAGACACGCAGCUGGGUCUAAUGACAGGGUCUUACAUAGACAUUACGGUCAGCGACCUACCUGGAACAACAGAACGAUGAACC